UCCAUUUAAACUCCCCUGCAGCGCCCACGCUUCUUUCGGGCUGCCUUCUCGCCGAGGUCUGCGCGCCGGUGCUGGGAGCCGGCUGCGUAGUUGUUCCCCACCCCAGGCAUUCUUCCCUUGCUGGUGCUGAUAGCCGAGAUGGCAUGCUCUCACCUGCAGUCCAUGUGCAGACUCUUUGUGUGCCUGGCUCUUGUGACUGUGUGCAACACCCGGAUUUCCUUCAAGAGACAAGGUUGUGAAGUCCCAGACCCUCCAGAUCACAGCACCUACCGGUGCCACCCCCCACUAUGCCAGGAGCCUCCCGACUCCAGCAUGUUCAAAGCUGACACUGUGGUGGAGUUUUUCUGCCAACCUGGCUAUGUGCCAGCAACCAUGCCUGCCCUCGCCAUCUGCCAAGGAGGACAGUGGAAAAUGUUGAGAGACGUCAUGUGCAAGCCCCAAGGAACUCCACGCCCCAGUGCCCUGAUCGCUGCUGCCUCCAUCCCCAUGGUGAUUGCUGCUGCUGUGACUUUUUCUGCCUUCUUGGUGACAGUUGUGGCAUGCGUGCUCUUGAAGCCGAGAUUCCACUUCUGCCCCUGCAAUGGUGGCUCGUAUGAGGCUUUGGAGGACUCCAGCAGGGUGGAGCGUGUGGAUGAACUUGAUGCGAACCAGUCAGGCAGCAGUGGGGGGGGGCUGGCCCUCCCCUCCUACGAAGAGGCCAUCUACGGUCACACAGGGGCCCCCUUGCCGCUGGCUGGCCGAGGCCCGACCCCUCUGGUUUUUUCCCAGGACACCUUGUCCCACCCAGACCUCUGUGGCCCCAGCCAGAGCCCACCUGGGGGAGCCCCCUUCCUGGGGGAGCCCCCUUCCUACCAAGAAGCCUUGGUGGCAACCUCUGCAGCAACAGGAAACGCCCCAGCGGGAGUGGCAAGGCUUGCGAGAGAACACUUGCCCCCCGUUGUUGGAAAGAAGAGCAGGCCCUAGCAGUGGUUGCAGAGCUCUUACUGAUCUACCUUGGAGCCAGAACCUUCUUCCAAACGUCUCCCCACGUCGUAGCAGUGGCGGCGGGGGUUUAACAGCUGGAAAUGCAAUAGGGGCAGUGGCCAAGGCUACUGUACAGGAGCAUCACUCCACCCCCUCCUGAUCAAAUGCUGCUUUGGGGAGGGGUACAGCGGGUGGAGCAAUUCAUCUGCUGCUAAUGCCCCAUUCAGUGGCCCUGAAAGAGCAGCACCGUUUCGUAGGAAUCGCCGGGCUAGGUGGAUUUUGGUUUCAAGGCACAAGUAGGAAUUCUCUUCUAAGAAUUCAGUUUUAGCUCUCUUUUUUAAUUGUCCCCCCCAAAGCAAAAUGGGAGUGUUGCAAAACUCCUCGGUGGGUGCUGGCUUGGUUAGCAAGGAUCCUCCCGAAGAGUUGACAUGGGCAGGCCCUCCUGGGCUCGGACUGGGUCAGCUGCUUAUGUGCCUUGAGCCUGUGCUGCAGGUGCCGGCCCAACCACAGACUGAUCUUCUCCCAGCAACAUAUGGAAAUCACGGCUCAACGGGUCCGGGGACCUGUUCAUAUAUUAAACGCUCCCUCUACCUAGCAGCCUGUUGUUUUGCAGGAGCAAAGUUAUGGCUUUGCUAAAGCUUAAAAGCAGUAUUAACAUUUGUGAGGCUUCCGGGGUAAUUACUCAACACUAUAGCAGCCUUGUUUGUGAGACAACUCUCCACUAUACUUGAAUGAUGUUUGUUCUCAAAUAUUUGUGUUUUUUUAAACUGCAAUUAAAACACCAUUGUUCUAUAUUAAA